AUGGGAGUGCAAACCCAGGUUCUUGUCUCUGCAAAAUGGCUUGCAAAUAUGGUCAAAUGCAAUCUUGUCGGUCCGCGUCUGCGCAUCCUGGACACUUCUUGGUACCUUCCAAUGAUGAAACGAGACAGCAAGAAAGAAUUUGCACAAUCUCAUAUCCCAGGAGCGUCGUUUUUUGACAUUGACGAGUGCUCUGACAGGACCUCGCAGUUCGAUCAUACGCUGCCAUCCGAGCAGUUUUUCGCAGAUUUUGUUCGGAAUUUGGGUAUUGGAAAUGACACCCAUGUGAUUGUUUACGACGCCAGUGACUUUGGAGCAUUCACGUCCACAAGGGUUUGGUGGAUGUUCCGAUUGUUUGGCCAUCUGCAGGUGUCAGUGCUGAACGGGGGUUUUAGGAGCUGGGUCAAACAGGGUCAUCCAGUCACCGGCACGCACAGCAGGCCUGAACCAGCCUACUUCACCGCCACUAUGAACCGCUCCUGGGUGAAGUCAUUUGAGGACAUCAGGGAUAACAUUGCAACACAGCAGCUCCAAGUGGUGGAUGUGAGACCCUAUGGACGGUUCAAUGGGAAAGAGCCAGAACCAAGAGAGGGUGUCCAGUCGGGUCAUAUCCCUGGUUCCAAAUGCAUGCCUUUCUUCAAAUUCCUGGGUGAUGACGGCAUGAUGCUUUCCACAGAGGAGUUACACAAGUUCUUCAAGAACUCUCAAGUGGAUUUGAAGAAGCCCAUCUGUGGGACCUGUGGCUCUGGUGUGACUGCCUGUCACAUGGUACUUGCUGCCCAUCUGUGCGGCUCCCCCGGAGUGCCUGUGUAUGUUGGAUCUUGGUAUGAGUGGUUCACUAAAGCUCCUCCAGAGCAUGUCAUCUCCAAGGUCAAAAGCAAGCUUUGA